AUGGCGACUGACAUAGCAACAAGGGAGCUUCGCAAGCCCGUCGAUAUUGCCGAAUACCUCUUCCUUCGACUCCAUGAAGUUGGAAUUCGUGCAGUUCAUGGUGUUCCAGGUGACUACAAUCUUGCUGCACUAGACUAUUUGCCAAAAUGUGGUCUUCAUUGGGUAGGAAACUGCAAUGAGCUUAAUGCCGGAUAUGCCGCCGACGGCUACGCUCGGGUUACUGGCAUUAGUGCCCUUAUAACUACAUUCGGAGUGGGAGAGCUCUCGGCACUCAAUGCUCUCGCAGGCGCUUAUUCUGAGUUUGUGUCUAUUAUCCACAUUGUUGGUCAACCACAUACGGCAUCGCAAAGAGACGGGAUGCUACUGCACCAUACGCUGGGUAACGGGGAUUUUAAUGUAUUUGCAAGAAUAAGCACAGACAUCUCCUGUGCCACCGCACAUUUGACCCAUACCCAUGAAGUAGCAACUCUCAUAGAUCAUGCUAUCCGAGAGUGCUGGAUUCGCAGCCGACCAGUUUAUAUAACCCUUCCCACUGAUAUGAUUGGAAAAAAAAUCGAGGGUGAAAGACUUGACACUCCAAUUGAUCUUUCGCUACCUCCAAAUGAUCCCGAGAAAGAGGACUAUGUGGUUAAUGUUGUUCUGAAAUAUCUGCACGCUGCGAAGAACCCAGUUAUUCUCGCGGAUGCGUGCGCCAUCCGCCAUCGUGUCCUUGAUGAACUUCAUGACUUGAUGGAAGUCUCUGGCCUGCCUACUUUUGUAGCGCCUAUGGGGAAAGGUGCAGUAGAUGAGACUCGUAAAAACUACGGUGGUGUAUAUGCUGGAACAGGGUCAAACCCCGGUGUCCGUGAGCAAGUCGAAUCUUCAGAUCUAAUUCUGAGUAUUGGAGGAGUAAAGUCCGACUUUAAUACUUCGGGGUUUUCUUACCGAAUCGGACAGCUGAAUACCAUCGAUUUCCACUCUACAUUUGUACGUGUUCGAUAUUCUGAAUACCCAGACGUCAACAUGAAAGGAGUUCUGCGGAAAGUAACUCAAAAAUUGGGUGCUGUCAACGCUCAACAAGUACGACCUAUUGCAAACAUCGUGCCUAAUAGUGAAAAAAAUUCAGCUACUCAAGCAAUCACGCACGCAUGGCUCUGGCCAACCAUCGGAGAGUGGUUGAAAGAAAAUGACAUUGUUAUUACGGAAACAGGGACUGCAAAUUUUGGUAUUUGGGAUACUCGCUUCCCUCACGGCGUCACUUCUAUUAGCCAAGUCUUGUGGGGUAGCAUUGGCUAUUCACUCGGUGCCUGCCAAGGCGCUGCACUGGCUGCAAAGGAAAAGAAUCGGCGUACUGUGCUGUUUAUCGGUGAUGGGAGCCUGCAGCUUACUGCACAGGAACUCAGCACUAUAAUCAGAAACGAUCUCAACCCUGUUAUCUUCGUCAUCUGCAAUAAAGGAUAUACCAUCGAGCGGUACAUCCAUGGAUGGGACCAAGGCUACAACGACAUUCAACCUUGGGAUUUCAAGACUCUCCCUACAGUGUUUGGGGCCAUGAACAAGUACAAAGGGUAUAGGGUGAAGACUCGAGAUGAGUUAAUCAAUCUUUUCGCGAACAAGGAGUUUUCCUCGGCGCCCUAUUUACAACUGGUGGAACUCCACAUGCCUCGUGACGAUGCUCCAGCGAGCUUGAAGAUAACAGCCGAAGCAGCAGCAUCGAGAAAUGAAUGUGAUCCAUAUAUCAUUGGCCAGUAG